AUAUGACCGCUGUGAACUGAAGAGAUUCACAGACGGUUCAAGGAAUUCAGGCGCUACUUCAGCUUCGCGUCCCAAGCGCGCGUCCAGCGGAACGCAACGCACGUCACGUCACCAACAGCGCGUAAACUUACAGUAGGUUGUGUGGUGUGUGUGACUAUAUGUGACACGAACGGGGUGAUUUUGAAUCUCAUGAAGCAGAGCCUGCGGUGAUUUUCCUUCACAGACCGGAGCGCUGCAUUGUUGAAUCGUUUGGUUUUCUCGGAGUUCAUAAACGGGUUUACAUCAACGGUAAAGGAGAUUUGUCGCGCGCAAUAGUUUGACAUGAGUGGUUGACCAGCUCUUCAGUGAGAAAUUUAAAGUCUUGAGGACUUCAUGAAGGCAGAACGCACUUUUCAUCGGAGUGCACGAGGGCUUUAGCGUUCAUCUUCUUCACGCAUUGCUGGGCCACGGUCCGGUCCAUCGCAGAACUUCAGUGGACUGAGCGCGCACCGGGGAAACGGAUCUCGCGCCUUUAACACAAAAAGAAUACGCUUUUAAGGGGAAGUUACUACAAUACACAUAAAGAAAAUCCAGAUUAACCAUAACUAAAGGAACGCGUUAUGUGUUAUAUGUGCCUGAUGCUUCAAACCGGCGAUGUUUUGUCAGAUUAAACUGACGAUCGAUCUGGAUUUGUGUCUAGUGUAAAGGACGCCACUGGAAUUGCGCUUCAUGCAUCCACACACUCACGGAUUUACAGUGUAAAUUAAAGUCUCUGGACACACAAUCCUUGUCGUGUGGAUUAAAGAGAAAGAGAGACACGCGUGGGAAUCGAGACACCUGAGUCGGAUACCUGUAACUUUUCCCUCUCAAAGGCUGCCUUCAUCUCGGAAGAGAUUUCGCUUUUGGUCGCUGUCUGUUUUAACUGGUUUGGUUUUCAGUGAUGUACGCUUUAGAGAAAGUUCACGAGGCUCACCAUCAAACGUGGGCAUUUGCGACUGGACUGUAGACGCUGGUCGGGAGAUAUCCGUUAUUUAUCGUCGCAAACGGGAUUUAUUCUGGGAAACUACGAUGUCCGUUACGCGGUGCUGGUUGGAGACUCUGUUGCUUUAUAUAUUAAUUUCAGAAGUUGCUGGUAAAGUUUCCCCUACCAGUUCGGAUGCCCUGUUCAGUGUCCCUGUUCCCAGUGCCACCUCCAGCCCACCAGAAAUUUACCUCCCUGCCAACUUUAAACUCUCCAACACACAGCUGGCCUUCUUUUUACAAGAGACCAGAGUUCAGGCGUAUGGAAGUCCACGCGGUCACCCUCUUCAGCGCUCUGAAAGCUUUGUUGUGUUCCAGACCAAGGAGCUACCUGCUAUUAACAUCUCCCUUGGACCUUUCACCCAAGACCAGACGGUGUCCAAGGACUUACUGCAGCCGACGAGUCCUUUGGACAUUCCUGGACGGCUGACGGUCAAUUGGAAAGUCCGGGCCUUUAUUGUACAGUCUAGAGUAUUCGCCAGCAACCCUUUGGUUCAGGUUCUGUUUUAUAUCGCAGGGCGAGACUGGGACGACUUCAGGAUCCAGGACAAGCUGCCGUGUGUACGGCUGCAUGCUUUCAGAGAUGUUCGGGAGAUCAAGACAUCUUGCAGGCUUCAAGGGAAUCUGGCACAGUGCUUGGCACAACUGGAGCUCCCUUCUACGUGGUUUAAUGUUAACGUUGCACCUCUGGGUCGCAGAAAGUCCUCAGGAACGGAUGGGCUUGAGUUGAGUGGGGAGACCCUUCAAGUGGAGCUAUACUAUACCCUUCAUGACCCAGACAGCAACGAUGAGUGCGGGGAGACUUACCCUCGUCGAGGAGGGGCGUCCAGAGGGGAAGGCUCAUCCCAGCAACCCCUUCUCCGGAUUGGCAGCAUCAGUCUGUACCAGCCCAGCCAGGAACAACUGGUGGUAGACAAACAGCUUGACAAGAACAUCUUCCUUAGGUUGCCGGAGAGGCCGUUAAAGCCAGGAGAGAUCCUCAGUAUCUUCCUGUACCUAGUCCCAAAUUCUACUGUGGAGCAGUUUUCACUCAAGGUGAAAGCAAAGAAAGGUGUAAACCUUCUGAGCACCAAAUCCAAGAGUAACCAGUGGAGGGUGGAGUGGGAUGUGCAGUCUGGAGCCAAACACUCCAUUGCCACCGUGGAGGUCAGCAAGAUCAAAGGAGUCCUUGGGGACAUGGCUGCCAGCAUUGAAAUCAUGCAGCUGGACUUUGAGAUGGAGAACUUUACCAGCCAAUCAGUCACCAGAAGAAUCAACUGGAACAUUGAUUACCGGGGGCAGAAUCCGGUCUCGGAUGCAGAGAAGGUGGUAACGGAAUUGACGGUCGUGCAGAAGGACAUCCAAGCCAUCAUUCCACUUUCAAUGGACACUGAGAUCAUCAACACAGCGGUUCUUACUGGCCGAACCGUGGCUAUCCCGGUCAAGGUGGUUUCCAUAGAGAUGAACGGAGCAGUCACCGACGUCUCAUCCUUUGUGCAGUGCAAGUCAUUCAACGAGGAAAUUGUCAAGGUGUCCAUGAAUUGCGACUAUGUGUUCGUAAACGGGAAAGAGACUCGAGGAUCCAUGAACGCCAGAGUGAUUUUCAGCUACGAGCAUCUCAGUGCACCUCUUGAGCUUACUGUAUGGGUACCUAAACUGCCUCUUAAAGUGGAGCUCUCGGACAACAGGCUGAGCUUUAUCAAGGGCUGGAGGGUGCCCAUCCUCCCCGACCGCAGAACGGCACGAGACAGCGAUGACGAUGACGAAGAUGACCGCAAAGUAAGCCGCGGAUGUACGCUACAGUACCAGAGGGCCCAGGUUAAGGUUCUGACCCAGUUCCACACUACUUCUACUGAGGGCACAAACCAGAUGAUCACUAUGCUGGGCCCUGACUGGCAAGUGGAUGUGACCGAGCUGGUCCAGGACUCUCUGAAGGUGGUGGAUGCCAGAGUGGCUGAGCUAGUGGACCGGACGGUGCUGGUGGCUAAUGAAUUGGGAUCAUCCACUCUUAAGGUUGAAUCCCCGCUUGCAGUGGAGGCGGUACUGGGUGAAACCCAGUUCUCUGUGGUGGAUGAGAAAGUGUCCAUACUGGAACUACGCGUUCAUGCCAUCUCUGGACUGGCACUUAAUCUGCAACCAAGCCCUGGCAACAGCCAUACCAUGGUUGCCAAGGCAACAGGCAUACAGACACUCUCCACUCCUAAGCAGGAGGCCAGUUUGUCCAUCUGGGUUUACUACAGUGACAACACUGCCGCCCCCCUGAGCAUGUAUGACCCUAAAGACUACAACCUCAAUGCCUCCACAGCAGAUGACAAGGUGGUUAGCGUAUCCCAACAACCUCAGCAGCGUUGGCCGGUCAUUGUUGCAGAAGGUGAAGGCUCGGGAGACAUAGUGCAUGUGGAGAUGACCAUCUGCGAAACCUGCCAGAAGACGAAACGCAAGAGCGUCAUCGCUUCGUCCCCGGUGUUCGUAAAAGUUCGCUACGGAACAGACGAAGACUCAGAGGAGGAUGUGGAGAUAGAGACUCAAAUAGACACCAGAAUGCCUCUCAACACGAGAAAACCUGCUAUCGAUCCCAACAUAGGUGGUGAGGGAUACGAGCCAUCUAAUGAGCAGCCGGCAAGUGUGCCAAUCGAUUACACCAACUUUCCUACGGUCAGGAAUCAAGAAGAACCGACCGAAGAAGACGAAGAAGAAGACGAUGAGUUUGUGCACAGUCCCCGUAGCAUGACCGAUCUGGAGAUCGGCAUGUAUGCUCUCCUGGGUGUAUUUUGUCUUGCCAUACUGGUCUUUCUCAUAAACUGCAUUGUGUUUGUGCUGAAGUAUCGCCAUAAGCGCAUCCCCCCCGAGGGACAAGCCAACAUGGACCAUUCCCACCACUGGGUGUUCCUGGGUAACGGAGAACCAUUGCGCGCUGAGAGCGAUCUCUCACCUCAGACGGUGGAGAGUCCCAGCAACACCUUGGAAGGGGUACAGACUUGUUGUCAUGGGGACCACCACAGCAGCGGCAGCUCCCAGACAAGCGUACAAAGCCAAGUCCACGGCCGAGGAGACGGCAGUUCCGGCGGUUCCACAAAAGACCACGGAGAAGACCCCAACUCGCCGACAUCCAAACGCAAGCGCGUCAAGUUUACCACUUUUACCCAUCCCGCAGAAGAUUUACCAUACAACUCCAUCCCGAUUGCCAACGAGGAGGACAUUCAGUGGGUAUGCCAAGACAUGGGCUUCCAGGACCCAGAGGAACUGCACGACUACAUGCGCAGGAUAAAGGAAAUAGCCUGAUUGGGCUACGUGCUUUCUAAAGACAUUCCUUUCUAUUUUUCUCUCUUAAUUUUCACUCUAGAGAAGGUAACUUUCACAGGAAAAACGACCAUGGCCGCCUGGUGUCCAGUUUUGUUGGGGUUUUCUGCACAGUGCUGUUUCCCUUGUUGACAAAAUGUUCACAACGCUGUCUGGAAAGCCAAAGACAAGUCUAGGGGAUUUGUAAAUCUCUAGUAAAUGUGGCUUUAGCAGCGAAUACAAUUGCUGCUGGGUAGAAGGGUGACUGUACAAUCUUUUGGGGAAACACAGAUUUUUGUUCAUGAGCACUGAUAUCAAAAUGGAUUCCUGAAGAACUCAAUCAUACUUGUUGUGAGGAUAAUUUGGGUCACCCUGCUGUGGGACAGGAUCUUUCUCAGAGUCUUGGCACUGUGUUCAUUUUUCUUCUCCUUUUUUUCCAAUUCAACAGAUUCUUCUCCGACAAAGAGGCCUUUUGAAGUGCAGAUUCAAAUUUUAUCCCUGAUUUGUGUUUUGAGAUGGAUAAUGUUCAUUCCACUGUUAAUAAACCUGAUACUUGGCCACAGAAACAUUCAUGAACAUUUAUAAGAAACCAUGCCAUGGAUUCCUUCUGUCAGUUUUGGAAAAGCUAAAUGGUUUUAAAGCUCCCACUUCAUCUUGCUUCAACACAUGCCUUGGUUGUUGAAUUAGUUCUUCAUAGUGUAUGUAUUUAAUUCUCAUGCUAUCUGGAUGCCGUUCACUGUCUUGUUUAGGUCAAAUGCCUUAUUAAACAUAUUUUAGUAAUCACAACUUCUCUCUGUUCUCACACUAAAUUGGUAAGGGUCCAAACUGGAGUCACUCUACAAUCUGUUACUAAAUAAAUUGAGGUGGGAAGCAGAAGCUUGUACAUUUUGGAGUUAGAUAUCUCCUCUCCAACAUUCCCCUGCAUGAACGGAGACUUGGAGGCACAAUUAACCCUAUUUCAUUUCUUUAUUUUUCCUGCAUAUAUGUUUGCAUUGUGAGAAUUAUCUAAUCAUACAUACAUAAAAAUAGUAUACGACAUAUCAUGUUACCAUGCAUCACAUGCAUGUGCCAGACCUUCCCUGAUGUACUUCCCUUCCUGUGUACAUACAGACUGCUCAAGCUUAACUUUCAAUGACUCAGUUAGCCUGUGGAAGUCUCUUUUUAAUGACCUCACCCACCCGAGCGGUUACGGAGUAAAGAUCUCUUGUAAGGACAAAAUGCUAUGCAAACACACUGGAGGGGUCGAUCAUUGUGGUUACAUAAAUUUGCCCCGGUUAGCGCUAUAGCACCAGUUACUUUCAUUAAUAUACCAAGAAAUAUCUCAAGACUAGUAAAAACAAAUGGUUUUGGGAUUAGUUUAGUUUUAAUUUCGGCUAUGUUUGUUAAAAACAAUGCUCUGUAGCACAGUAGAUGAGUAAAGUCCAAAAAUUUUAACAUUACUAGUGUAGAAAUGGUUAAGCUGGUAAUGGGUAAUGUUUUUAUUUGGUAGGGCACAAUCAAUGUAUAUGUGUAUUGCUGCUAACCUUUCACAGGUUAGUUUCAGGGUGAGUCCCUCCAGUUUGUUCAGGACGUCUGAAUUCACACACUGUAUUUAAAUAGGUAUUUUCCCACUGUGCUUAUUUUGAACUUUUUUUUUCGAAUGGACUUGUUUAUUUGUUUUUUUAUAAUAUUAAUUUUAUUGAACUUUAACCCCUGAUUUAAUAGGGGCCCUUUGCACUCGAAAUGUGAGUCACAAAGAACUAAACACAAACGCACCUCCAUUCCUCCAUGAUUUGUAGCCCCCUUCACUUUUUCGCAAAGGAUCCUAAUGUGACUUGGAUUUUGAUUGAACUGUUGGUUAAAAUGUCAGUUUGAUCCACAUUUUCCGAAACGGUGGCUCAGAUCUGAAUGUAAACUUUUCAAUUGUAUCUUGACGAUUAUGUAUUAUUAAGGUCCUCUAAUGUGGUACAAUGGCUCUACUGCAGAUCUCUGGUAGCAGCUCGUGAUAUUUUUUUAUUUCUAAAAUUAUUUUCCCAUGAAAUAUUUUUCAUUUGUAAGUACCAGGACAUUCAAGUCUCAUAUUGUUUUCUACUUUCAUCCAAUGAUACUGUAUGUACUGUAUCUAUGUAUAUUGCAAUAUACGUGCUUUCAUUUGACGUUUUUCGAAGAGGAGCUGCUACUAGGCCUUUGCCUUGACCACAUGCUGUGUUGUGGUGUAGAGAUUUGAGCUGUACUUUAUGACCUGCUGAAGCACGGUACUAUCGGCCAUGUGCUGCCACACCCUUAAUGUACAGAGCACUGUUACAAAUACCUGUAUCAUCCUGAAAAAAUAAUGAACUGUUGUAUUUCCCCCUUAUAUGUAAGUACUAAAGAAAAUACAAUGCAUUAACUUGG